UUCGUUUCAACUCAGCUUAAACAAACACUAAAAUUUCAAUGGCCUUAAACUCAUCGUCUCAGCUUCAUUUUGUGUUGAUACCAUUUAUGUGCCAGGGACACCUUAUUCCCACGAUAGACAUAGCCAGGUUAUUGGCAGAUCGUGGUGUAAUGGUCACUGUAAUUACCACAACUAAGAACGCUGCCCGUUUCAGCAACUCCAUCAAUGGCGCCAUCAAGUCUGGUCUAGCAAUUCGCGUCGAACAACUUCCGUUUCCGGCUGCAGAGGUUGGUUUGAUCGAAGGGUGUGAAACAGUAGACAAUCUCCCAUCAAUGGAUCUGAUGAGCAGCUUCUUCGCUGCAUUGAGCUUCCUUCAACAACCGGUGGAGAAGAUGUUUGAGGAGCUAAAACCCCGACCAAGCUGCAUUAUAUAUGACAGGAAUUUCACGUGGGUAGCUGAAAUGGCUUCCAAGUAUCAGAUUCCGAGGAUCUGGUUUGAUGGAAAGAACUGCUUCUCUCUUUUAUGCAGUCAUAGUUUAACCAAAUCUAAGGUCCAUGAAUUCGUCCCCCAAGGGGAGACUGUUUUGGUGCCAGGAUUGUCUGAUAGAAUCGAAUUCAAGAUAGCACAGCUGCCUGGAAACCUCAACCCUGGAAUCUCAUUAGCAAUGAAGGAACAAAGUGAAAAGGCAAAGAUGGCAGAAGAAGGAGCUAAUGGUGUGAUUAUAAACAGUUUCGAGGAGUUGGAAACUGAAUACUUUGAAUCUUUUCGAAAAGUUAGCAAACAAAAUGUGUGGUGCAUUGGUCCAGUGUCACUGAGCAACAAAAACAAUUUUGAUAAAGCUCAAAGGGGAAGCGAGGCGCUAACUAAUGAAAACCAGUGCUUGGAAUGGCUUGAUUCAUGGCCACCAAGCUCGGUAAUCUAUGUUUGUUUCGGAAGCCUCAGUCGACAAACACCUACUCAAUUAAUCGAAGUCGGUUUAGCCUUGGAAGCAUCCAAGAGACCAUUCAUUUGGGUCAUUAGAAGAGGGUAUAAGAAAGAAGAAAUGGAGAAAUGGUUAAAAGAAGAUGGAUACGAGGAUCGGAUAAAAGGAAGAGGACUAUUGAUAAGGGGUUGGGCGCCACAAGUUUUAAUCUUAUCGCACCCAUCGAUCGGAGGGUUCUUGACACACUGUGGGUGGAACUCAACACUUGAAGGGAUUAGUGCCGGCGUGCCGAUGAUAACUUGGCCUUUAUUCUCCGAGCAAUUUGUGAACGAGAAGCUGGUCGUGCAAAUUCUGAAAAUUGGUGUUGGUGUGGAUGUUAAAGCAGCGGUGCAGAUGGGAGAGGAAGAAUUUGGGGCGGUUGUGAAGAAGGACAAUAUUAUGAAGGCAUUAGAGAGUUUAAUGGAUGAAGGAGAUGAAGGAGAAGAUAGAAGGAAAAGGGCAAAAUAUCUUGCUGAAAUGGCAACGAAAGCAGUAGAAGCGGGAGGGUCGUCUUACCUUAACAUUACGUUACUGGUUGAAUAUAUCAAGCAACACCCCACGACCAUCACUAGGAAUUAAGUUUCAAUAAUUCAACCCUACUUUAUUUCCUCCCUUUCACUUGUUUUUUUUUUCUUUUUCCUUUUUGACGUAUUCGGUUUUCAACUCCUCGAAAGUAUUUACGAUCACCCCAUUUACUUCUACCUCCAUCGCCAUUUCACUAUUUUCUUUAAUGAAAAGUUGUUUCUGUU